CGCUCGGGUAUAUUCAAAAUGUUAACACAACUUUUCGUUGUCGUAAUGGUGAAAGGCAUUUUUCUGAGACCACUUGAGGUAUGCGGCCAGAAUUCGUUAAGUCAAACAGAUAUUGUAUAUAAGAUUACUGAAUCUACACCAAAUAUAACUAAUCUACUAUCGGAUUUGAGUAUUUUUACAUCGAAUCCAAUAAAUUUACUCACUGGAAUCACUGAUGUUGUGCCAAAACCAGAAAUUCAAAAAUUAUGCGUCAUGAUCACAAAUCAACUGAUCAAGUACUAUGGUUAUAUAGAAGACAGCUUCAAAGUAACAACUUCCGAUGGCUACAUAUUGACGAUAUUCGUGUGCUACUCAAGUAAAUUUACAAUCAAUCAGCUUAAGGUGAUAUUUCUUCUACAUGGGAUGUUCGAUACAUCAGACACCUGGUGUAUGAAUAGGGGAAAUCAGUCUUUGGCAUAUUUUUUAGCCGACCAAGGUUUUAUGGUGUAUCUGUAUAAUGCACGCGGAAAUCGAUAUUCACGAAAUCAUGAAACUUAUAAUCCAAAUUUACCGGGUAAAUUUUGGGAGUUUUCGUUUGCUGAGAUGGCUAUUUAUGAUGUACCGGCCGUUAUUGAUGAAAUCAUUAAAAGAACAAAUAUUUCGAAAAUUGCAUGCGUUGGACAUUCACAAGGUGGCACAGUGCUAUUGAUUUUCGCAUCUCAAAAACCGGAGUACCACUCAAAGAUCAGUUCGUUCACUUUAUUGGCACCGUUUACAUUCAUGACUCACGUCGGAUUUCCCAUUAACGAUAUUCUUAGAUUCUUUCAACUAUUCACUGAUACGAGAAAUUUUGAAUUCGCACCAAACAGUUUGCCGCAACGAUUGCUGGCACCUUACUUAUGCCAAUUGGCAAAUGGUUCUUAUUGUAAUUUUGCGAUCAAUUUUGUGCUAGGACCAAGUGAAAAUCAAAGGAAUAAUAGUAUGCUUGGUGUUUAUAUUUGUCAUAUGCCCGGAGGAUUAUCAGUGAAUCAGUUGGUGCAUUUUGGCCAAUGGUUAGUAUAUAAUUAUAUGGGGCCUAUGAAACCCACAUUUACACAUCCAACACCCGGAGAUUAUCCCCUGGAUGACAUUAAGAUACCAAUUCAACUGUUUUAUUCGCGGAAUGAUCCUCAUACAAAUCCAAUUGAUAUUGAGAUAUUACAAUCGAAAUUACCCAACCAAAUGGAAAUACACGAAGUUUUGCAGUUUAAUCAUGUGGAUUUUCUUUGGAGUAUCAAUGCGAACACAUUAGUUUAUUCAAAAAUUGUGUCUUUCGCAUUGGGAAACAUGUGAAUUUUAUUA